AUGAGAGAAUUCUUGUUAGAACAAUUGGAUCAGCUUGCUAAUUAUUUAAAUCAUUCAUUGUUGUUUGUUGAACAAUUUGAACGAAGAUGGAGUCUCGGAAUUGAAAAAUUGAGAGAAAUAGUGGAGAAAUUGCUGCAUAGCAGAAAAUUUCCUUCUAAAUUCUUGAUGAAAUAUUUACAAAAAGCUACAAAAGAAAAGAGCCAUCGUGAUGAAUCUCACACAAUAGCUACUCAAAAAACAAAAUCAAGGCUUUCAGAUGAAUUAAUGCAAACAAUCAAAUUAUAUCAGGCUGAGUUUUUUCACAUGUAUGAUAAACUCCGAACGAAUGGAAUUUCAGACCCUAACACUUUUGUGAAACAGCAACAAACUAUUUUACAAACUCUCUAUGGAAGGAAAUUGAAAGAAGAAAAAAUAAUUGAUGCAUUGUUGCUGUUGGACAACCCGCUUUCAAUUUCCAAGUUUAAUUUGACUCUUGCACAAACACCCACCGAAAAGUCGCAAGAACCUAUGGAUGAAACACCAGAACAAGAGUCUAAUAUUUUAAUUCAUUUCUUUACAAGUUUUGAUAAGGAUAUCAAUAAUUUAGAACAUGUCACUAUAUCUGAAGAGGAUAUACCUAUUGUUGAUGCUCUGACAAGAUCUCCAGCAAUAAUACCACAAUCACUUCUCAAUCACACCAUUAAUGUACCUUUAGCAUUUAUUUCAAAAGUUCAUAAUCAAUAUUCCAUAUAUCAACGUGUUGGAAAUAAUGUCAACAAAACCAAGUUAGUUUUGGAUCAAUAUUGGAAGGAGAUGGAACAUUUUCUGUCUGACGAUUCAGACAAACGUAUUGAAUUUUUAAAUGCGUGGAAUGUUAAGAAAAUAAUUAAGGCUUAUGUGAUAGGAAAUAAGAUGACAAAAACAAAUAAUUUGUUGCUGAGAACUUUGGAAGAAUGUGUCACUUAUUUUAAAGACACUCAUCUUGUUGGAGCCGCUGAGAUUUCAGAUGGCCAUUUUUCUCCUUUAGAUCAAACAAUAUCUAUGUUAGAUCAGCAGAGAGACAUUUAUCACUAUGCCUUUGAGUGUAAUAAGGAAGUCAAAUCCCUGAUAGGUCAAAUUGUGAAAACGUUUGCUAAGCAGUGUGAAGAAUUAAGAGAGACAAAACAGACUAAAAUGAAGCAGCAUGCUCAGCACAAGUUAGGAUUGUACAAUUACAACCACAGAAUUGCUCACUACUUGCUACUUAAACCAGUAUACAGUUUUAUAUCAAGUAAUCAGCACGAUUCAACACAGGACAUGGGCGUUGCCUUCUUUGAAAUGCAUCCAUCCUCACUCGAGAAGCGAAGGAAUGCUUGCUUGAAUUUUCUUCAAUGGUCUGAACAUGACUCUUUUGGAGAUAUUAAGGGAUCAACCGUUGAUCUCAACAUCAGGUCCAUUCAAGAAUUGGAAUCACGGAUGUUAGAGAAUCGAUUUACAUUUGAAAAUUUGAAGGAUAUUCAAUCUCUUUUUCAAAACAUCGAAACUGACACAAAAACAGCAAAAGGAAACAUAGAACUAUUUCCUCAAAAAGUAUUGUCGUUCAUUGGUAUUACGAAUCCAGAUAGAAUGAAGAAGUUGCAAGCAUUCGAAAAUCGUGAGGAAUCUUCGCAACUGAAGAAAGCAGAAAACCCAACAUUGCACAAAUCAUUUUCCAAACUAACCAAAUUGAGGAGAUUCAUCAUGUCCUUUCUCGCAGCAUUUGUGCUAAAAUCGGCCGUGAAAGGAAGCGUUCUGGAUGUGGAAGACCAAUCCAUGCGCAGCAUAUUCGGAUUUAUGUCACCUUUAUCUGAGGAUGAAAAACAAAUGUUUAAGCUCAUGGUCUAUGACUAUCAACGAGCCAAGCUCUUUAAACUUGUGACAGACAAAGGACUAUUCUUGCUUCCAGAGACACAUCUUCUCAUCAAGGAGUUUGUCCCUAAGAAAUAUCUUUGGAUGAGUCCUUCACAAAAACUUGUCCAUUACACCAAAUCAUAUCAGCACGCACACUAUAUUGAUAUGAACUCUCAUGAAAUUGAAGAUUAUGAAAAUAUUUUACUGAAAGCAGUUCCUUUAAUGAUUAGACGUGGAGAAGACAUGAGCAACCGAUACAUUCUCAAUAACAGAGAAUUGGUACUGAGAGUGUUGGCAAAACGAUGUCACCGCGAUCUACGACAUGCCAAACAAUCUCUUCUCUUGCCAAGUCUUGUGCUUUUGCAUUUUCUCUAUUUCCACACUCCACAACGAUCUCAACAAGAAAUUGUGUUUUCCUAUUGGCAUUUAUUUGAACCCUCCCAUUUCAAAUACAUUGUAUCAGAGAAGAUCUGA